CUCCGGCCGGCGAAUCGACGAACGAAACGAACGCGCUUCGCCGCCCGCCUUUUGUUUUUGUUAGUAAACAUUGUAUUGUUGUUUAUUUGAAACGUUUUUAACGAGUUGUGUUCGCGUUGUGUUUUUCAACCCCCCCAAUAUCCCGCGCCUUCGCCCCAUCAUCCGCGGUUGUUACCAGCAGAAUUCGCCGAACGACGCGGUUCCUUCACUUAAAACGCAACAACCGGGGCUCGUUUAACGAACUGUGAAAAGUUUAGUGUUUAUUUAGGUAUAUUUAGUUGAAAAGGAUCGAAAAAAAGAAAAUUUCGUUUAAAAAAGUAGUUUUUUAGUAAGAGCUUUUUGAUCUUACUGGGGUGAUUGGAGAAGUUUAUCACACAAAGGGAAGAAGGAAAGCAACACAGACGUAGAUUAUCCAAUUGGGGUUGCCCCAUUUUCUUCUUCUUCUUCCCCCGAGACGAUUUUCUCUUAUUAAUUUUCCCAACUUAACCAGUAAUGCAGCAUAAUCGUAUUACUGCCCCCGUUUAAAUCAGGAAGUACUUAAAACGAGGUACAACAAAGACGUUUUGGGAUAGUUUAGUUUUUUGGGCGGUUUGGGGUCGAGGCCAAGAUGUCGUCGACGACCGGCCCAGCAGCCAACGGGAAAAAACCGGGGAGUGGGACAAGCACGGCUGCUAAUACACCGUCUGGGACUCCCGUUGGAAGCGUUACAGGGAUUUCAAAUGGACAAAGUGCUACACAAACUACUCCACCACCUAAUAAUAAUGCUCCCAAAUACGGUACAUUAGUUCCAAAUAGAAUAUUUGUUGGUGGAAUUUCCGCAAAUACAACAGAAAACGAAUUGAUGCAGUUAUUUAGUAAUUACGGUACAGUAAAGGCUGCAAAAAUCAUUCAAGAUCGAGCAGGAGUUUCGAAAGGUUAUGGUUUUAUAACGUUUGAGAGUGAAGACGAUGCGAAACGAUUACAAAGGGAGUCCGAUAACAUCGUGCUCCGCGAGAGGAAAUUAAACAUAGCGCCGGCGAUUAAGAAGCAACAGCCGCCGUUACAAGCGUAUGGUCGAGCUUUCGAUGGGGCGAGUCCUCCGGCUGUAGCAGCAGGGAACCCCCAAUACUAUUUUCCAGGCUCAAUUCCUUUCUUUCAAGGGAAUUUGUAUUAUCCGGCACCUUCGGCUGCUUCUGGUGACCCCACAGCACAACAAACACCCAUGUAUCAAGCUCCAACUGUGUAUCCUGCGCAAUCGGGUCCACCACAAACCUCUCCGUAUCCGCCGAUGUUGUUCCCAGCACAACCGAUGUAUAUGCCACAACAAUAUCCGAUGCCGUUGCCGUAUGAGUACAAUUACUACCCGAACGGAGGUCCCCAAUACAUGGUUGGGGGACAACAGGGCGGCGGUAACGGUGGCGCCGGCGGUGGUCAACCUCAACAGGUCGCAGCAGCAGCGGCAGCGAUGCAACGGCCCGGUAGCCCCCCGAGACAAUCGUGCUACGGGCAACAGCAGCAGUUACCGUAUCCAGCAGCGGCAGCCGUCGCAGCAGCAGCCGCCGACGCCCUCUACUAUAACGUGCCGAUGUACGGAACGGUGGACGGCGCCGGCCCCAUGUAUUCGGACGCCGUUGAUAUGCCCAAUGGGACACCAUUGUCAGAGGAAUAUUCCGUCAUCAUCGACCCCAACAACCAUCAUCACCACCAACAGCACCACCAACACACCCAUCAUCACCAACAACAACAACAGCACCACCAGCCACAACACCUCCAUCAACACCACAACAACAGCAACAUCGCAUCAACAGCAAGCGCAUCAUCACCACAUCAACAACAAUCGUCGUCGGCGACCCCAACAGCCACACCAGAUGGCGUCGUUGUAGUUUCAUCGGACGCGUAUCGCCGACAAUCGCUGGUUGUCGAUAAUCAAAACCCGCAACAACAAAAUAAUCAACCGCAAAGUGUCGUAAGUAAACCUUCAUCCACCGGAAGUGGUACCCCCGUCGUAUCUUUAUUGUCGGAAACGCACAAAGUUAAGGAUGUGACGUCGAUGCAAAGUGGGAGGCGUCGAAAAAGUAACGUGGAUGUCGCCAAUAACGGUCAAAAUAAUUUGAUUGGAACCGGAUCAGGGGGUGUUUUAACCGGAAGUAAUGGUUAUAACGGUUAUAAUCAUCACCAUCAAGGAUUUUUUAUGCAACCCCAACCGAUUAAUUACGGGUCGUUUAACGUUCCGCCGUUUCCUUUUGACAACAUGGGGGUGGGUAAGUACAACGGGGCUCAAGAGAAGGGGUUUGGAGGCGGGAGAAGACGAGGUGGGAUUAACAGAAACAAUUACGGCGAUAGAAAAAGCGUUGACACCUCGAGUUUACCAAGAACCGAGUCGAAUUCUUCCGCUAGCGAAUUAGCCGACGACAACAACAAAGGGGUCGAUAAUAACGUAUCAAGCGGGGUUGACGGAAAGAAUAUGACUCCGCCUCCGGCGCCUUACUCGCCGAUGACCCAUUCUCAUUACGGAAGCGGAAACGGAUCAACGAAAUACAAUAAUCAAAGUACAUUUCAUUAUUACAACAACCACCAUAAUUAUAAUAAUCGAAAUUUUAACACCCGCGGAUCGAGGGGUGCGGGAAAUUACUCAACCGGACAUCGCCGUUCGAAUUAUCACCAUCAAAGUAAUCCACAUCAUCAUCAACAACAACAACAACAACAUCAUCAUCAAAUCGAAUCGACCACGAUUACAUCAACGUCGUCGUCAUCUUUUUCUUCUGGCCAACAGGUGCAUCAUGUCGUUAGUGGAAGUGGACAACAACAACAGCAGCAGCAUCAUCAACAACAGCAACAUUUUAUUCCUCCGGUUCGUCGCGGUAGGAGAUCGGUGAGGAGGAACAAUACAGCCCCGAUUAGCGAAAUCGGGGGUGCUGGAGAUGCCCCACUUCCCGUUGCGGUUGUUUCUGACGUUUCGGACACGUGCAAGAAACUCGAAGGGCUCAAACUGUGACGUGUUGGAUUUUUUUUUGUUUUUUUUUGAUGUUUUCGGUUCAUUUUUGAAUUUUGUUUAGAUUCCGUUUACGUUUCAUUUACAUUUCAUUUCGUUUAGAUUUCGUUGCGGUUGUUUAGUUGGUAAUUUUGUUUUCGUUGUCGUUGUUGUUAUUAAAAAAGAAGUGGUUUGGAUUGAAGAGGAUGAAGAAAAUGUGGUGGGGUCGAGUUGUGAUGAAGCGAUUAUUUUUUUGUUGUAUUAUUAGUGAUGAUGGGAUCGUUAUUGUUUUUUUGUGAUGUGCGUGGGGUUGGUGUUUAAUGUUUAAUUAAAAGGGAAAAGAAAAUGAUGGUGAUGAUGAUAAUGAUAAUAAAUGAGGUUAAUGACUUGAUUCUUAAGAAAGGGGAGACUUUUUUAGAGAGAGAAGAGUUUAUAUAUUUAAAAUAUUAUUUAAUAAUGAGGGAGAUAAAAAAGUAUAAAUUAUAUACUAUACAUAUAUAUUUAAUGAAGAAAUCCUAAGUAUUAUCUUAGAUAUUUCGAUAAGAAAUAGAAAAGAAGCCGAAAGAAAUUAUAUGAUAAUAUAAAAGAAAGCGUUUUUAGUGUUUAGUGAAAGCUCGAACGAAAAGUAACGCGAUUAAACAAAAAACUUAUUUA